GGAAUUCUAAUUCAUCACCUUCAAUCCACAUAAAUUUGAAUCCGUCUUUUGACAAUAAUGCGAGUUUGUUACCGUCGCAUUUCAAGAUGGUGUCCGACAACAAUACUCACGACCCCCCAACGAGUGCUUCCCAAGCAUCUGCAAAUGCAAAGCCGACGGGGGAUACAGACACUUCCGGGCCAAGUCGACGCAACAACAACGACAGAAAUGACAGAAAUGACAGAAACGGAAAUCGCAAGCUCACUGCCAACGGCCGCAGACGAGGACAAGAUUUCAAACGCAAGGGCUCGGAUCGCGAAUUCGAAGGUUUCCGAAUACAGCCGACGCGAUCGGAAUGAAAAAGGAUGGCAAGAGCGAAAGCGUAGGAAGGUAGAUGAGAAUGGGAAUGCCGUUCCCACUGAGCCCAGCUAUAUGCAUAUCCAGUUUCCCGAGGCAGAGAUUGCUGCCGAAGAGCGCAGGCCCAAGAAAAAAGUCGCCGUCAUGAUUGGAUAUGCUGGCACCGGGUACCACGGUCUACAGAUCAACCACAAGGAGAAGACAAUUGAAGGCGAUAUCUUCGCCGCCCUCGUAGCGGCCAAGUCUAUCUCCAAGGCCAACGCCGACGACCCAAGGAAAUCAAGCUUCGUACGAUGUGCGAGGACCGACAAGGGUGUCCAUGCCGCUGGAAACAUGAUUUCCCUAAAGCUGAUCAUUGAAGAUAAAGAUGUGGUGCAGAAGAUUAACGAGAACCUGCCGCCCCAAAUCAGAGUUUGGGGUAUUCAACGAACGAACAAUUCUUUCAGUUGCUACGCAUCUUGCGACUCGCGAUGGUACGAGUACUUGAUGCCUAGCUACUGCUUAUUACCCCCGCACCCUGAGAGCUUUUUGGGCAAGAAAGUCCUGGAAUCUGUUAAGGAGCAUGGUGUUGAGGAAGAAUAUGCAAGGAGACUGAACGAAGUCAAAGACUACUGGGAUGAGGUGCAGAAAAAUGACAUCCAACCCAUCUUGGACAGCCUGGAUCCCGAUGUGCGAGAGACGGUCUUGCGUCGUAUGCACGUAACAGAUGCAUCUGGUGAUCCUACAUCUGCAGAGGAAGCAAUCAAGCCUGAUGAUCCCACUGAUAUGGAGCCUACCAGUGAAUCAUCCGAGAAGCAAGCAGACACUGGAAAUACCAAUGGUGAUGGAACGACUACUUCCGAGUUAGACCAAAUCAAGUCUGCAGAAGGUUCAAGCAUAGCAGCAGAACUAGCCUCGUCACCUGGGGAUGCUACGAUUGAAGGAGUAGAAGCUACCGAUGACACAGAGGCAACGAAGCCUAAAGAGAUACACCCAGUAGAGCAAGCGCUUAGGCAGAUCAAGGCCGCUUAUGUAGCUGCGAAACGACGUUAUCGAGUCACGCCAGAGCGGUUAACAGAACUACAACAAGCGCUUAACAAAUAUCUCGGCACCAAAAACUACCACAACUACACCAUUCAAAAAUCCCACUCAGACCCCUCGGCGAAACGAACCAUCAAGUCCUUCAUUGCAAACCCGGAGCCAGUUCAAAUCAACGAUACCCAAUGGCUGUCCCUCAAGGUUCACGGACAAUCCUUCAUGAUGCACCAAAUCCGCAAAAUGGUCGCCAUGGCCGUUCUAGCUACCCGCUGCGCAACCCCUCUAACCCGCAUCGACGAAAGCUACAGCGACAUCCGCAUCAGCAUCCCCAAGGCCCCAAGCUUGGGUCUCCUCCUCGAGCGACCCGUGUUCGAGAACUACAACAAGCGCGCCAAGGAUCAGUACGGCCUGCCCGAGCUCGACUACGCCAACUACGAGAAGGAGAUCCAGGAGUUCAAGGAUGCGCACAUUUACCGCCGCAUCUUCGACAUGGAGGAGAGGGAAAACUCGUUCCACACAUUCUUCCACCAGAUCGAUAACUUCAAGACGAAUUACUUCCUCUGGGUCACAGCCGGCGGCAUGUAUGCUGCUCAGCCCAGGGACGGCCCCAUGAGUUCCGUCCCCAAGGAACUAGAUGAUGAUGAGCUGGGAGAGGAUGGAGACGAGGGGUCUGGGAAUGGUGAGGGCUGAGUUAAUGAUGAUGAUGAUGUAUGUGUAGGCCCCGAUAUAUUAUACCUAUGCAUAUUUUGAUUUACGUGCCGGUGGGCAUAUGUGCUUAGGUAGUACCUAGGUGGUAGUAGUAGUAGAUUCGAUUCUAGAUCCAAUUUCGGAUUCUUACGAGGUACCUAGCUAUCAUCUAGCAAGCACCUAGGUUAGGUAGGCGCCUAGAUAGCUUCUCCAAGGAAUGUAAUCACAAUCACACCUACGAGAUCAAAAAUAGAAGACC